GAACUGGAUCCAAAACCCCAUGCAGAUUUUGCCGCCCAUAAAAGGAAGCGAUAGUGCCAGUCUGGCCCCAUGGCUAUCAUUAUAUACUGCUUAAAUCUAUGAGCUUUUGACUCCGUGAUCCCUGACCCUUAUAUAUUACCUGGCGCACGUUCAGCUAGCCUGCGUCCGCCAGCCCUUCUAUCCAUCUUUCAUGACACAGCUGCCGAGGAAGCUUAAGCCGACUGGUGGUAUCAAGGUUGAUCACGCAGCUGCAAACAGGGAGUUGCGCCAAGAGCUUGGACUUGAGGAAAGGACCAUGGCCGACGAGCAGCCCCAAGAGCAGGUGGCGGACGAGGUGAUGGACGACCUGGGGGACGUGCUGGGAGAGAUUGAGGGGCUGGUGGACCAGGAGGGAGACGGCGCCGAAGCCGCCCCAGACGCCGCUCCCGAGGAUCCUGAAGCCGAACAAGCCCAAGACCAAGAAGAACCACAAGGCGACGGCGAGGCUGCGGAUGCGGCGGCUGCACAAGAAGCUGACGACGCUGCCGCUGCCGACCCAGAUGCUGCUGCUGCUGCUGCUGCUGCAGACGAGACAAACGCAGAGGCGCCGGCUGAGCAGGCUGUGGCGGCGAACGAGGGCGGCGGCGAUGAUGAUGGUGUGCUUGGGGAGAUCGCCGCAAUGGCAAAGGAGCAGGGUGAUGAUGUGGCAGACGACACGCAGGGCGAGCUAUGCGAUGAGGAGGACGGCGGUGCAGGCGCUGCGGCUGCUGGGGGCAGCACCGGGACCGAGACCGAGGCCCAACCCGCAGCGGACGCCGCUCCCGAGACUGCUCCGGAAGCUGAUGCCGC